ACAGAAGGCGACGUAGAUGGAUAGAGUUGUAAGGAUGUGAUACUAGAACUCUCCAGACUAGCAACAGGACCUUUGGAACACCUUGUCGAAAUUAACAGCCUAAAUGCUCAUUUAUGUGAAUGUGACCGUCGACCAUGGUUUCAUGGCCCUCUAGCUCUGUGCAAUGAUGGCUUCAAGCUCAGUGUUUUUCUUGUAGGCUUUCAACUCCUAGCCUUAAUUGAUACACUGUUUGAUAUAGCCCUCUGUGUACGUGUAUGUUCUGUCCCUAACAUGCGGUGGCUUUAUCACUAUGCUUGUGGGCGUGUAGCCCACUUGACUUUGCUGACUGUGCAGAACAAAGUUCAUAUGUGAGUUUGACCAGACUCAAGCUUUUAGGUUGAGGCGGGUAUUCGAGACUAUAGCCGCGUAGCUAGCCUGCUGUGUGACUCUGAGAUCGAGAUACUGUAUUAGGCGCAUCAUGAAAACACCCUCGGUGCUGUUACUGACCAGUUUACUUCUAUAUCUCCAUCUCCAUCUAGGGGAAGGGCAGAACACCUCAGGUAGAAAGGAAUGGAGGAAGCUCAUUUGCCAUAAGCCCGACGUUCAAGGUGGACGCUUGGAGAUAAAGAUGGAUACAUGUGAUAUUACUACAGUUGGCGCCGAAGGCACCUGCUCCCAUACAUUAAUAACUAAAAAACUUUUGAAAAAUGUCUGCUCUGUAUCGUAUAAGGAUAGUGUGUCUACCUACACGUGCUUUAUUAGUCACGAUUUCACUGGGAGCGCCUGUUGUUAUUUCUAUGAUUCAGAAGCGAAAAUCUCACACUCAUGCUUACCAAAGAUCACACCAACACCAACUUCGACUCCAAGCAGUACCAAAUUGUCAGUCACUUCAGCUACAGUAUCUACUGGAGCCACACCCACUCCCUCAUCUGAGAACAAACACGUAGGAAAUGGAAAUGACUCCAACACGGGCAUUAUUGCUGUUGUAGUUGUCAUCCUUGUCAUUCUGGUCAUUGUGAUGUUGCCGCUGAUUGUGCUCUGGUGUGUUAGGCGAAGACAAAGGAAUCAAGGAUACGAUUAUCAAGAGGGCAAUGUCGACAAUCUAGAGGGUCAAGGUGGCAACAAUGCAGGGGACGGUGAGGCUGAUGUCGGUGAUGACAAUCCAGAGGGUCAAGGUCGCAACAAUGCAGAAGAUGUACGUGUCGUCAAUCCAGGUGGUGACAAUGCAGAAGACGGUGUACCUGUCGUCAAUCCUGGUGGCAACAAUGCAAAAGACGGUGUACCUGUCGUCAAUCUAAUAGUUCCAGGUGGCGACAAUGCAGGUGGCGGUGUUGACAAUCCAGGAGAUAUUGUUGAUAGGGACAGUGUCAGAAACAAAGCAAGAUGGAGUGGUGAAACCAAAGGUGGGGAAAAACCCAACAAGCCUCAGAAGAAUCCCCAGCUUGUGUCUCGAGAUGGACCAAAAGCGCAGUCUACACUUAGGAACCGUUUCAAACCCAAGACCGUGGAAAUGACGCGCAGGCCCCUGAAAAAUGCACAGGAAGAAACUGAGAUUAAAGAAGACUCAAAAUGGCUUCCUACUAGGGCAGCUGUACCUUUCAGUGAAGAUUCGGGCAGGGGUUGCACAUCUAAAUCUGUCAUGCAGCCUUUUCCUAAUAUCUACGAGCCUCCUACUGUCGAUUCAAUCGUUCUAGACACGUCUUCUACCAAUGCACCGACUGCUUCUCAAGCUUCUGAUGAUGAAAACUCACCCUAUGUCCCUAUGCUUUCCAAAUCAUCGCCUCUGGCUCAAAAGCUGAACAACAAGGACCUUGUGACAACACGUAUGAGCCACCUGAAGUGUAAAGAUGGGACCCAAGAGAAACCCUCGAUUUCCCCUGUCGUACAAGGUCAUAUGCAGAGUUUGGAUCAAGUAUAUGGAAAUACGGUCAUAACCACUUACGAACGUGAUCGAUCCCUGGUCAGCCGCUCCUUCUCUUAUUUAUGGGCUCCUGGUACUCAGGUAUAUUAAGGACUGGGACCUUCAAUUAUUGCUGAAUCAGCUAAAACGCAGCCACGCCCACGAUUUUUAAUAUGUUUUGUGUGUAAAAAUUUUGUGCAGCUACUGAUCUUUUUUAGUUCUAAAAACGGUGUUCUAAACCUUCCUUUUAGCUCUUAAUUCUUAGUGUAGUAGGUAGUUCAAAGGCUUAAGCAGACAUAUCCGCUGGGAGAGAGCAUCAUGUUCUAUUUAGAGUAAGUUAUUAGCCUAUAAAAAUAAAAAUGUCACUUAUUGUCAGCUGUAAGACUAAGUUUUGUGCAAAAUCUCACCUUUGGCCAAAGAAGUGGCUCUCUCCCAGCAGAUAUGUCUGCUUAAGCCUUUGAACUACCUACUACACUAAGAAUUAAGAGCUAAAAGGAAGGUUUAGAACACCGUUUUUAGAACUAAAAAAGAUCAGUAGCUGCACAAAAUUUUUACACACAAAACAUAUUAAAAAUCGUGGGCGUGGCUGCGUUUUAGCUGAUUCAGCAAUAAUUGAAGGUCCCAGUCCUUA